AAGAGCCUCGUGGCCGAUUUGGCGGCGACCGCUACGGCGAUGAUCGCCGCCGCGGUGGAUUCGGCGGUGGCUACGGCGGUCCUCGUGGUGGCGACCGCUACCGUGACCGCUACCGCGACCGCUAUGACGACCGCUCCCGAGGAUACGGUGGUGGUGACCGCGGCUAUGAUGACUACGACCGCGGCUACGGCGGCGGCGGUGGUGGCGGCGGCGAUCGCGGCUACGAUCGAGGCGGCUUCCGUGAUGACCGCCGUGGUGGUGGUGGUGGUGGUGGUCGUGACUACGACGACCGUGGCGGCAUCGACCGGUACGCUGGUGGCCGCGAUGACCGCUAUGGCGGCUCUCGUGGUGGUGGUGGUGGUGGCGGCGGCGGCGGCGGUGCUGGCUUCGACCGCUACGACCGCGGCGGCGACCGUGCCCCGCGUGACGGCCCUCCUGCUGCUGGUGGCUAUGGCGAUGGUGCGUCUCGCUCUGAUGGUCGUGGAGACACCUACGGUAGUGGCCGUCGAGCGGGCGAUCUCUAAGCUCCUCCGAAGCUACCAACAAAAAGGCGUACGUGGUAGGUCCCUCGCGCCUCGACUGCGGUGUUUAGUAAGUUUCAUCGGGAUUCGGUCUUCUUUUCGGUCGAUUAUGGGAAUGGGAAUCUGGUCGGAAUUCGAAAAAGUUUGCGGACAUGGAGUCAUUCGGCACACAACCCCCUUUAGUUAGGCACUGCGCGACUGGCCUUGCUACUGUCACAUCUCUGCAAUGGAGAUUCACUUUAAUUGCCUGCCUCUUCGCGCGGUGAGACGACAUAGGCCUCGUCUUGGUCUAUUAAUUUCUUUCUUCUUUCUCUUGCGAAUACGACACGAAUUUAUGGGGCUUUUGCGGCGACCGCUCAUUCUCGGCUCGGAUCGACGAGAGAGAGCCCUCAGAGAUACCUUUUUGCACCUCAGCCUCACCAGAACCACCAGAACUGCACCCAGAAUUUCCUUGCUCUGCACCUGUACGGUCUUCAUCUAUUUCGUCCUUGCUCUUUCCCCCGCCCCAGCCUUUGCUUGGAACCUUUCGGCAUUUGAGACGGGGAACGACAUCGCAAUCUCUGUAUCGAAAAUUCUGGGAGAGGUGGACGUCCAACAGAUAGCGCCCAAACUUGACUCGGAGCUCAGCAGAACUCUCCUGACAACC